AUGAAUAAUUCGCAUUACAGACGAGGAAGUUCGGAUCCAGAGGUAGUUGAUCAUGCCCAGCCUGUCUAUAACACGAGAAGAUGGCAGCGUUCUCGAAAAAAAUUCGUCCUUUGUUUCGAUGGGACUGGGAACAAGUUCUCUGGCACUGACGCAGAUUCAAAUAUUCUGAAGAUUUAUCGCUGCCUUGCCCGCAAUUCAGAGGAUCAAUUUCAUUACUAUCAGCCAGGCAUAGGCACAUAUGUUACAACAAACUCGCUAUCUCACACUUCGCGAUGGUCUCGAUUCAAAUCCUGGUACAAUAAGGCUAAGGACUCAGCCAUUGGCACUUCUUUUGAUCAGCAUGUCAUGGCGGGCUACAAGUUCCUCAUGCGGUACUACUCUCCGGGUGAUGACAUAUACUUCUUCGGCUUCAGUCGUGGAGCUUAUACGGCGCGUUUCUUGGCCGAAAUGCUGGAUCAUGUUGGUUUGUUGAGUGCCGGUAAUGAGGAGAUGGCCUACUUCGCCUGGAAAACUUUCCAGAAAUGGCAAUGCCGCACAAAUGAGACACAGGAGGACAAGGUACAGAAGAAGGCUCUACUAGAGUUCAUGUGCGCAUUCAGGGAGACGUUCUCCAGACCCGUACACAGGCUCAAGUUUCUAGGUCUCUUUGACACAGUUAAUAGCGUUCCGAAAUUCGAAAACGCUUGGAUGCAACGCAGCAAAUUUCCAUAUACGGCUCGGUCAACCGCCAAGGUUAUCAGACACGCAUGUAGUAUUGAUGAGAGGCGCGCAAAAUUCCGCCAGGACUUGAUUUCAGAAGCGAGACUCGACAAACGCGAGCACUACAAUAGACAUUUCAGAAAGACGUGCGAAAAAUUCAGUGAUCCGAAAGGAAGUCCCCAAACCCCAAAUAUCAACACACGUGGUCGACUGGCCCUUGGUCCUACGCCAUGGCAUAAAGACAUGGCCGGUGCCAGUGAGUUGCAGCCUCCACGGAGGUUUAGAAAUCCAUCAGAGACAUCGGGUGUCCGAUCUCUCAGUCCAGGUUUAAGGACAAGCGUAGAGGGGGAUACUCACAGUAUAAGUACUGUGUCUCAGACGUCUUUUCAAGCCACUCACCAUCUCCAUCUCGAGGAGACCUCCGACGAGGAGCAGGAUCAGGAUAUUCUGGAGGUCUGGUUUCCUGGAUGUCAUGCUGACAUCGGAGGGGGCUGGCCACUUCACCAAGGUGAAGUUGCUGCACUUAGUCAUGUGCCCCUUGUCUGGAUGAUCAGGGAAGCCCAAAAGGCCGGACUGUCCUUCGACGAGGUCAAACUAAGAUCUCUGAAUUGUUGUCAUGACGACGCAGAUAGGAGUGGUGAUAGUAUCUCAGCCUCGAGCGGUGGAAAGCAACAUAACAAAAAUUUUGCGCAUGUUCCAGCAAUCUCGAUCCACGCGCCAACUUCGUCGGACCUGCAAACCUCUGCCAAGCCGUCUCUUCUGUACAGCACGAAUAGCCCGAACUUCGAUGUGGUGCCUAGUUCAACAGGAAGAUCUAAAGAUGAGUCGAUCGAUGGUACUCUACGACAGUCACAUUUCUACGAUGCACUCGAUUUCGCCGCUACGAGGGGUAAAAUACAUGACGUGUUACAAUUCAACAACGGAGCUGGCGCCACAGGAGUUAUAAGCUGGAAUAUGAUGGAGUACAUGCCUUUUCGAAGAAUGGACCUUCGAGCUGAUGGAUCCUGGGGAGCCAUUUCUUGGCCCUUGCCCAAAGGUGAGACACGGGACAUUCCCCACAACGCAGUCAUUCACAAUAGUGUUAUCAAGAGAAUGCGUGCAGAUCCUGCUUAUCGACCCGGAAACCUCAUUGUUGGUGGAGGCGGAAGAGGUGUACGGAAAGCUCCGGAACACCUAGGCAUAGGGAGAUGGAAGGUGCAUCGCGAUGAGGGGGAUCCCAUUGGUGAAUGCUAUCUCAAGGAGUGA